AUGGCAGUGAAAUCUGUUGAGCCAGAUUCCCAGGAUUUCUAUAGCCACAUGUUGACGGACGACGAAAGCUUUGUCGCUAAGCGUAUGUUAUCGAGUUUAAGCGACAAAUGUUUGGAUUUUAGAAGCUCCAGAAAUAACGGAUGACAGCUCACAAGACGAGUUUUACGACUCAGUGGAAAGUCCGAGCCAGUUGGAGGUUGAUAAUGGGAUAAAGGGCAACAGUUCAAAGACUCCGAUUAAAGCACUGCCGCUUAGACCUAAAACGGGUAUUGUUAUGCUCUCUUAGUCACUUACCUUAUUUUAGUCAUGCCAAAGAGUAAGAUCCCGAUUCCUCAAUUUAGAACAACUUUGAGACCAAAAAUGUUGGAAUCCAGAGUAAGGAAGUACGGGCAGGAAAAGGUGGCAUCUACAGGCACAACAUCUAGCAGCGUUGUCAAACAGUUGUCUAAUGGAAGAGGUAAGCGUUUUGUGAAGUUAUUAAUGGAUCUUUAGGGAGGCAAUCGCUUCUGCCACAGAGGAAGCUAUCAAUUUCAAUUAACAAUACUAUUAACUUCAACGAAAUGGAAUUCCUCAAUUCGACGAGGUUGUCAAUGUUGCCGCAGGAACUUUCAAAUGCUUGUGGAGGAAGUGAGAAUCAACUAAUACUUGCACAAAAGAAUUUCUUUGACUCUACCAAAGACUGCAGACACCAAUUAUAUAUAAAGGGCCGAAAUGGUGGUCAAUCUACCAUUGAUGAAGAAAGCAUUCAGGAAGAAGUGUACGACGAUUCGUUUACUCCAAACGGCUCAUCGGCUGCUAUACCAGAAGAAAUGGAUAUCCGUUCGAGUGACCAUCCCUCUUUUUCUUUUGAUGAGAGUUAUAAGGUAAAACAAAACAUUACAUGCGGGGACUUCACUCAAUCGUCUAAUGGCACUAACAAGUCGAAAAGAGCAGGGGAAACUUUCACCCAAGAAAGUGGAGCAAACAGCGAAACGAAUGAAGGGGAAGAUGAAUAUGUUGAAGAAGAACAUGAAAUUCCAGAAGGUGGACAUGAAGGUUUGGAAUUAGAAAGUGAAGGACAAUGUAGUGAAGAUUAUGACGAAGAAGUUGAAGAGGAUGGAGAAAACGUUGAGUAUGAAGAUGAUGAAAUAGAAGAAGAGAGUGAAUUUGAGACAGGUGAGUCUAGUGUAAUACAUUAAUUGGUGUUGUUGUUUUUGAUAUUUCAGAUUCUCGAAUCUUCAAUAGACUCGCGCCGUCAUUGAACGCCUCACUCUCAAUGUCUUAUGGAUUCAAAGAGAGUUUUGUUGCUGAUAGCGAUCCUGACUUUUCUGAACUCGAUGAAGAAGAUAUUCAGAUAGAGAAGAUGAAGAUUGAAGAGUGCCAUCGUCGAGCAUUACAUCCAGAACAAUUUAGUUUUAUUGAUCUCAACGCAACUUAUUCAGAACAGGAUUCUAGUGCAAAUUAUGAUGAUGAUAAUGAAGAUGAUGGAAAUGAAUUGGACGAAAACGAUAACCCUGAUCUAACUCGAGGAUACGAAUCAAGAGAAGAUUUACAUGAUAGUUUGGUUGAAAAUGAUAACGCUGAAGAUGAUAAGAAUGCUACUAAAGAAUCUGAGCUGACGGAACAAGAUCAGAGCUCAUCUCACAAUCAGUAUGAGAGCAAUGGGAAAGAAGGAUGUAAUCAAACCUAUGCAUCAAUAGACAAGGCUGCAGAGGAGGAUGAAGACAUCCAGAUUAUCGAGAAGUCGGUUAAAGGAAUGAGCUUACAAAAUGAUCAAGGUAACUGAUAUUUGAAUGAUCUUAAAUUUUGUUUAGAAAGACAACCUCCGUGUACACCAAAGACUCCAAGCAGAAGAGUUUUCUUAGACGACAGUGAUUUUGAACCUCAUGGAGAGUGCAAUAAAGAAAAUGAACUCGGAAAGGAGACAUUCAGUGAAACGGAUAAAGGGGAAACGGAUGGAGAGUCAGAUUUGGCUGAAGAUUACGAAGAUUCUGAUGAGGUUGAUGAAGUUGAGCCAAGCAAACGAAAGAUACCAAAGAAAAUUAAGUUUGUUCUUUGUUUUUCAUUUUGAAUUUAACGUUUGUAACUUAUAGUUGAUAUUGUUUUAGGUGCGGAUCAAGAUGAAGCCUAUCUUUUGUCUCUCUCAGGUGUGGCAGUGACUUCUCGGAAUAGAGAUUCGAUUGUGGAUAAACUGAUUGACAUUUACGAUCGUCGUAUUUUCGGUGGAAGGGUGAGUGUCUACCCUAAUAUGCAACGUUACGCAAUCUCAUAUGUCAUCAAGACUUUUUCAGCUUCCGCAUUUGGAAUUCGAGUGGAAUGCUCGGCUUCGGAAAACGGCCGGACAAUAUUAUUCAUCCGUUGGCAAGAGCCAGAAAGAUCUUAUUAAACUCGCGGUCAAAGUGCUUACAAGUGGAGAAAGGCUCAGAAAUACCUUGCUUCAUGAACUAUGCCAUUGUGCUGUCAGAAAGAUUAAUAAUGAAAAAGAAGGACACGGGAAAUACUUCAAACAAUGGUAAGGAUCAAAAUGGAGUAAUUAUUCUUUAGGGCUAAACAUGUGACCAAGGUUUUUCCGUUGAUUCCCCCAAUUACGACGAGACACAAUUAUGAGAUCAAUUACAAAUACGAAUAUGUAUGUCAGAAAUGCAGUGGAAAGUAAGUAUGCUACGCAAAAGCUCGGACGCUGAUUCUAGAGUAAAACGGCACUCUCCUUCCGUCGAUCUUACUUCUAAAUGUUGUGGUAGAUGUCAUGGUCGAUUUGAUUUAUACAAGGAUGGACGCCUUUGGAAACGGGUCGAGGUCGAUGCAACCGCCAAGAAAUCUAUUGUUAUUUCCGUCUAA